AGUCACACAAAAUAGCUUUGAUUCAAAGGAUGUGUGAUGCUGUGAUGAAGGUAAGUGUGUAUCUCUACAGUAUUGAGUGUCCCUUGCCACCAUUGAACAAACACUACAUAGGCAUGGAUUGACUCACAAGCAUGUAUGUAAAAUAUGUUUGUGCAUGUAAAUUCUGACAGUGUCAUACAGGUGACUCAAGCUGCAAUUGAGCACAAUGAAGGCAAAUGCGACCAAUAUCAAAUUUUUAUUGCUGAAAAUUUCUGUCCUGACCAGCUCAUCUUCAUAGAUGAAUCUGCCUGGGCAUGUCAAAAUUUUGCUGAUGGGGGUGUCUUGACAGUAGUUUGUUUUUUCAGAUAUUCUAUUCUUCCUGCUAUCUCACUAGAUGGCAUCUUACAUCUCAACAUCCAAGAUCAUUCAUAUACUGCAGCGAUAUUCAAUGAAUUCAUAGGGGGGUUUACUCAACAAUAUGAACCAAUACCCUCAGAAGAACUCUGUUAUUGUGAUGGACAAUGCUAG